CUCGAAAUAUGGGUUUUGUUUGUCCCCUGAUUUUAAAAAUAUAUGGUUUGGUGUGUACAGUGUGAACUUGAGUUUUCAGCGUGUGUCCUCUGUAUUUGUGGUUUUUCUAUUAUCAUCUCCAUUGCGAUGUAUGUAACGGGUUACUAUUUCAAAAUUUGUGUGUGUUUAACCAUCAAUUCAAUAUCUUAUUCUCGCUUUAAUCUAUGAUAAAUCCACAAUCAACAUAAUAGAUGGUGUGACAAGACAAAAAAAAGCUAUGUUUCAUUACGUCAACAGGAAAUAAUCAUUGUGUAGUAUAUCAUUGCAGGUUAUUCCCAUUCCAGUUAACCGGUAUAAAUUUACUAUAAGUACACGAGCUGUUGAUUCGCCUUACGGCAAUUAAAGACAAUUAAAUCUUGUAACGUAGCUGCUGUUGUUGGUGGUAGAACAUUAAUCUUCGUUUCUCUAAGUUACUACUUACUUGUGUUUCUACUUCUUAUCUUGGUGCGAGAUCUCUCCAAUGUUGUAUUACUCACUUGAAGUUGGCUUUUCAAGGAUUUGAUCCGUUACUACUCAGCCUUGUAUUAAGUUUAGUCCUUUUGACAAUUGAUUGCUCUGUUUGUACAAAGUUGUUUGCAUAAUUGUUUCUCUCUACGUUUUCUUUUAGUGAGUUUUUGUUAGUUGGUUGUUUGUUACCGAACUGACUUCUCACAAAUAAUGCCUUAUGUUUUGCCUUUUGUGGUUAACGCCAUUAUAAUGUUGUUUGGUCUCUUUUCCUUUGUUGACUUGUAGUUGUGAUUGAUUGAAUAACAUGUUUUAUUUUUAAAGAAAUAGAGUGUGGUUAACACAUUACUAAGAGAUGAUGUGACUACGACCAGAAAGUAAGGUUGAAUUAGACUUAAAAAGAGUGUCUUAUCAAGAAACCAAGAAGUUCUGUGGUUAGUGAUUUUUUGGUUAAGGAGCAGAAAGGUUUGAAAUAUUUGGGAGUUAUAACAUAUAACUAGCAUGAAUUUUAGUAUUAGGAGAGCAAACACUGAAAGAGUUGAUUAAGGUAGUGAUUAAAAACUUGUUUUCCACGUCUUAAUUGCUACUGUUCGUCAGGGUUAUGAUGAUGCUUAUCACUAUUGAAAGAUACCAAACAGAGACUUGAAAAUGGACCUUGUUUAUAUCCAAUUUUUUGUAUCACAUGGUAGUUUUGAUAAGAGAUUUUUAAUGUAAACGUGUUCCUAUGCACCACCUGAAAAAGCUUCAGCAACUAACAAACCAAGCUAAAAGUGUUAAAACCUUUUCAGUCUGGUGUUUCAGACCGAGCGUGAUGCAGAGUACUCUCUUCUCACAUGGCAUGAUUUAAGGCUCAGUUUAUUAUUUCACAUGUGUGACUUCUUGAUUUUUGCAAUGGCUGAUCAAGUACACUAAUGCAGGAGAUUUGUAGCAUCAAAUGUGGGAAGCCGUGGAUCGAUACAAUAUCGACAAGUGGCAUCAUUUAUGAAGGCAAUAUUGAAGUAUGUUAGGACCAUACAGAGUGUAGAAGCUGUCAAUAUGGAGUCAGCAAAACAUUUAUAGAGGUUUGUCCCCAUUGUCCUUUACAUCAUUUGCAGCCAAUAUGAUUUUCUUUUCAUCCUUGAGCUCUCUCUCCCUCUAUCUCUCUUCUUCAGCUUUCAUAUUCACAUUUAUUCAUUUUCCUUUUUCUUUUCUUAUAAAUCUGAUUUUCUUUUGUUUUUAUUUGGACAAAUCUUUAUGACUUUGUCUCUUAUCGUUCUCUGAUUCGAUGAAGAUACUUCUUGUACCCCACAUGCUUGAAGCCCACCUCAAUAAAUCCAUCUUAAUCUUGCCUUCAUGGAACACAUUGAGCUACUCUUCCUUGUUUGCAUGGUCUAGUAAAAUCAAAAUCUCUUUAAUGUCACCGUUGGCCUUCAUAAAUCAUCUACAUUUCUUGGCAGGAAAAGUUACCUUGCUGAAAACAUUUGUAUUCCUGCAAGGUACGUACCAUAACUAAUAUAAGAUCAAACAGUUGAGAUCAAAUCAAGGUAUGACUUCUUGAAUUUAUACCAUAAAAUGAGAUAAAUAUGCCCAUGCACCAUUACUUCAAACAUCAAUCCAAGCAGACUUGGGUUCUGGUUAAGAUGACAUUGUUUGUUUUUGUUUGAUCUAACGUGAAAAUUUUGAUACUCGACUGACUUGACACCAAGAACAGUGUAGCAGCCAAUGAACAUUUCAUUAAAUGAAGAGAUAGAUCACUGCACAAGGGAAGGAUUUUCAGCAAGAAGUACUUUAUCUCUCCACAACCCACAUAAUGCUCCUUAAACCAUUUUAAGGUUAGAGAGUUUCCUUAACUUUUUUCUCAAGUAUAUAGUUUCAUGUGUUGUGGAAGAAACAUCUCUCCACGCAACUAUAUUUGAACCAAUACUACUAUAGUAGGUAGAGUAGAGGGAUUAUCUAGUGCAUUCGUAAUACAGUGUUACAUGUGACUUUUAUUGUAGCCAUAAUGUUUCUAUUAGUUUUCUUACACAGGAUAGAAUUUUACCAUUUUCAUAGAAAUGAAACAAUGGAGAAAAGAAGGCCUUUGCAUAAAUUAAUUUACUUCAUCCACUAAGUCUUCUCUGACUUUUUUAUGCUCUCUGUCUCAUUGAUUUGCUACUGUAGUGUCAGUUUCCUCUUAGCCACCACUUUUUUAACAGCAUUUACUAAUUUGCUCUUUCUAGUAAAGGUUGAUGAGAGAAAAGUGUAAAAUAGAAAACCAGUUUGUACGUUAUAUACAUAGAGAGAAAAACAAUGAGAACGUUUGUGGAGGACUUAGACAAAUCAAAGGCCUCUUUUUUUCAAACAUAGUCUACAAAUAGAUUAGUUGAAAUUUUUAGUCUUUUGGUAACUUCUAUAGGGCCUAAGAAGGAUGAUCGCACAUGGAAUGAUGAAACUGGAGUGCUAAAACUGGAUAGCUGAAGGGAAAAAGUUGCAGUACCCAUUAAAUUUAAGAGGGUUAUUACAUUUUGAUACACAAGAUCAUCAAAGAGAUGAGGGCUAUUGUAAUAAAUAAUAGCUAUAGCAGUGACCUAAAUUUACUUUUACCACAAGAAAUAACAGUGGUAGGUAAUAAAGGCUAUCUCUUUCUCUCUCUGAGUUAUUUAGAAAGGGGACUUGCUUUCCAAGUCUUAAAACCACAAAAGGCAAUAACUUCUCAAGACCCCAUUGUUAAUAAGUGCUCAUGCAUGUGAGAGAGCCGAGAAAAAAGGGGAUGCAUUUCAUUUUCUUGUGUGUGUGUGUCUUUCUCUCACCUCUAUAUAUCAUACCGUAUCACUCAGAUAUGCUUCACUUGUAACACUUCUACAACUGUAGCCAAAAAGACCAUUUCUUUGUGCUCUUAUGGUGAUGAUAAUGAUGAUGAUGAUCAUCAUGUGAUAUAUCUCUCAUUUCCUUCUUCUUAGUUCUGUAAUAAUGGGUAGAUCACCGUGCUGCGAUAAAUUAGGUUUGAAGAAAGGACCAUGGACACAAGAAGAAGACCAGAAACUUUUGGCGUAUAUUGAAGAACAUGGAUAUGGAAGCUGGCGUUCAUUGCCUGAGAAAGCUGGUCUUCACCGAUGCGGCAAAAGCUGCAGACUAAGAUGGACUAACUACCUAAGACCUGACAUCAAAAGAGGCAAAUUCAACUUGCAAGAAGAACAAACCAUUAUUCAACUCCAUGCUCUCUUAGGAAACAGGUGGUCGGCGAUUGCGACUCAUUUGCCGAAGAGAACAGACAACGAGAUCAAGAACUAUUGGAAUACUCAUUUGAAGAAACGGUUAGUUAAAAUGGGGAUUGAUCCAGUCACUCAUAAACCCAAAAACGAGACUCCUUUGUCUUCUCUUGGUUUAACCAAGAACGCAGCCAUACUUAGCCACAUGGCUCAAUGGGAAAGUGCUAGGCUUGAAGCUGAAGCAAGGUUAGCUAGAGAAUCAAAGAUUCUUCAUUACCAAACCAAACCAUCAUCCCAUCAUCAUCAUGGUUUCACUCAUAAGACAUUGUUAACCACUUGGACAAGUAAAACAAACCAAGGUAAUGCAGAUCAUCAACAGCAACAACUUGAGUCUCCGACAUCUACAGUGUCGUUUUCUGAGAUGAAGGAGCCGUCGUCGGCGAAGAUAGAGUUGGUUGGUUCAUCCACGUGUCUAAACUUGAUCAAAGAACCUGAAAACGAUUGGUUCAACUCAACGGUUCACGAGUUUGAAGCCACGGAGAUGGCGGGAGGAGUGGACGAAGGGUUCACCGGUCUAAUGCUCGCCGGAGAUUCACUAGGCCGGAGCUUCUCCGCCGAGAAAAACGAAACGGUGAAAGAGAGGAGUGGUGGUGGUGACUGCAGCAACUACUACGAGGACAACAAGAACUACUUGGACAGCAUUUUCAGUCUCGUUGAUCCUUCAACGCCAAUGAUGUUCUGAAUAAACGGAACAAAAGUUCAAUGCGUCUGCCGGGAGUCGAACCCGGGUCUAUUGCUUGGAAGGCAAUUAUCCUAACCGUUGGACUACAGACGCUUCGUUGUUUUGAUUCUUUAGUUGUUUUUGAAUUACAACUCGUUGACCAAUCGUGUCACCUUUCAUAUAACUUGAGCAUUAGAGAGCUUUAAUCAGUCUGUCACCA